AUGGCGAAACCAAUUGUAGCUCCUCCCAUGAGUACAGUGAUUGACAGCAGCGGUGCAAGUAAGGAUUACAGCCCAUCUCAACUGGCCCUGAAACUUCACACACUGCCCCAUCUUGAUCUUACCUUCCAGCGAGUCAACUCAUCCUUCAACCCGGAUCUAUACCGCUAUCGUGAAGCAAUCUUGUUUUGGAGCAUAGUACCUCUGGUGUGGAUGUUUCUGACGAUGCUGGUGGUCGUCAUGUACUUCUGCUACCACUGCUGCCAGAGUGACGUGCAGAAGGCCGGUGUCUGUCUCAAAUGGAGCAUUGCUGUCUUAGCUCUGCUGUCCUGCGGAGCGGUUGGAGCUGGAUUCUACGGCAACGAGGAGACACACAAAGGCCUGCAACAUUUCAUCGAUGCUGCUAAGGGCAUCCAAUUUACAACAUCUCAGACAAGAGCUCAGAUAAAAUGGAUGGAGGUCAACCUGAACCACUCGGUCAUCUCCCUGGCCAAUGACCUCCGAUCGAACAUUCCACGCAGCCACAGUCUGCGCACAGAAAUCAACCAGCACCUGGACAGGAGCGUCAGACACGUGACCUCCAUAAUUUCAAGUGUCCUUGACAUCGGGUUCAAGGUCAAACGUAUCGACUCGACCAUUGAACUGGUGCAUUACGCUGGCAGAUACGGCUUUUAUAGAUGGCUGGCCAUGGUCUUGCUGUUCAGUUGGAUGAUGGUACUGUUCGUUAUACUUCUGUUCGCAGUUGGCAAGGGCUCCAAGUACUUAAUGCUCGCGUUUGGAAUUUUGAGUAUUGUAAGUUUGAUUCUCUGCUGGCUGGCUGCGGGCUUGCAUCUUGGAGUCAUCAUUGGAACCGCUGAUUUCUGCAUUGCUCCACUGGCUUACCUGGAACAAAUGACGGAAGAAAAGUCAGACAGAGAAAUCAUCAAAUAUUACAUGAAAUGUGACCACCAGUUUGUUGAUAAUCCAUUCAAAAACGUUGGUUAUGAAACUUUUCCUCGUUUCGCCUACAUUUUAUCCAAAAUUUUCAUCUACACGUUUAUCCGCCACUUACUAGCUAGUCAGACGAUACCGUCAACGUACGACAACGCUAGAGAGGCUAAUAUUUCUCUAGCCAAGGUUCACAUGUCACUACUCAAAAUUCUGCCAAAUUCGAAAGAGAAAGAAGUGGUGCGAGACAAAAUGAAGAAAAUAUUCAAAGGCAUGGACUCGACAUUCCAACUUCUCAUGCACAUCAACGCUCUGGUCGAGUGCACCAACCUGCACAAGGAUUACCUUGACGGCGUGUCUGGCAUCUGCUUCAAUGGGCUCCAGUUUGAUAACAAAAUAAAUAAUAGAUUGAACGUUAACUACGGAAUUUUUAGAGAUGGAAUGGUAUUUUUGCUGGUUUCCAUCGGACUGACCGGAAUAUUCUUCACUGGAGUCGUUCUGCUCACCUCGGGAUCUUGGAGAAGUUUCACGAGCGGGUUUGGAGAAAAAUUUAAAAAAUCAUUCAAUGAUCAAAAAUAA